AUUGUUUUCUCUUUCGUCAAUUUCAAGGCUUGAAGACUUUGUGCUUGGAAAAAGACAAACGAUGAAUCCAACGCAAGCGGGAACGGCAGAAGAAUUCAAAAGCUCUGAGUUAAAAUAUUAGCAAAAUGGGUUCUGCCAUUUGGUUUCUUUCGCUACAUGUUUUUAUUCAAAUCUAUACCAUAGUAGCUACAACUGAUGCUGGUGAUUCUACUGCUCUAAGAUCGCUCUGGAAUGAGUGGAAAAACGUACCUCCCAGUUGGGGGAGUGGGGACCCUUGUGAUGAUGGUUGGGUUGGAAUUGGAUGCACUGGUUUACGUGUGACCUCAAUAACAUUGCCAAGCAUGAACUUGGUGGGAGGGCUGUCAGGAGACAUUUCAACCUUAUCUGAAUUGCAGCAAUUGGAUCUAUCUUACAAUAAAGGUCUCACAGGAUCUCUUCCAUCAUCAAUUGGAAAUUUAAAGAAGCUAACAAACUUAAUCUUGGUUGGUUGUGGUUUCAUUGGUCCAAUUCCCGAUACGAUAGGAUCCCUGCUGCUGCUGAGGUUCCUAUCUCUAAAUUCUAAUGGCUUCACUGGACAUAUUCCUCCAUCCAUUGGUAACCUAUCAAAUCUUUAUUGGUUAGACCUGGCCGACAACCAGCUCGAAGGACCAAUCCCAGUUUCAAAUGGAUCUACACCAGGGCUUGACAUGUUGAUUAAUACCGGACACUUCCAUUUUGGGAAGAAUAAACUCUAUGGCCAAAUUCCAUCUCAACUUUUCAGUUCAGAAAUGACUCUGAUACAUGUGCUAUUUGAAAGCAACCAACUCUCUGGAACUCUUCCUUCCACCCUUGGACUGGUGAAAACUCUGGAGGUGGUACGCUUUGACAACAAUUCACUAAAUGGGCGUCUUCCAUUGAAUCUCAACAAUCUUACAAGUGUUCAAGAUCUGUUUUUGUCCAACAAUGUGCUGACUGGCCCUCUGCCUGACCUUACUGGUCUGAACAGUUUGAACACCUUAUACCUGAGUAAUAAUAGUUUCGAUUCAUCAGAUUUUCCUUCGUGGCUUGCAGCCCUGCCGUCCUUAACAACACUAAUGAUGGAACAUACUCAACUUCAAGGUCAAGUUCCUGCCACAUUCUUUACGCUUUCAAAUUUGCAGACUGUGGUACUAAAACACAACCAACUCAAUGGUACGUUGAAUAUUGGCCCAGGCGUUAGCAACCAGCUGCAAAUGAUAGAUUUGCAAACUAAUCUCAUUUCUGGUUUCAACAGUGCAGGAACAUACACCUUUGACAUAAUACUUGUGGGUAACCCAGUGUGUGAUGAGACAGGAGCAACAAACACUUACUGCACACUACCCCCAUCAAAUUCCUUGCCUUUGUAUUCAACCCCUCCAAAGAACUGUCAGCCUAAUUCAUGCAGUUCUGGUCAAAUUUCUAGUCCCACAUGCAGAUGCGCAUAUCCAUAUACAGGAACACUACAAUUCAGAGGCUUUUUCUUCUCCGACUUGAGAAACCGAACUCCAUAUGAAACUCUUGAGCAGUCUCUGAUGCAGUUCUUCCAGUCCCACCAGGUUCCUGUGGAUACUGUUUCACUAAGUAAUCCACGGAUGGAUUCAUUUGAAUAUCUUCUCGUGAACCUUAGUGUAUUUCCAUUUGGUCCAAAUAGUUUCAAUAGAACUGGAAUUUCAAUGAUUGCAUUUGCAUUUAGCAACCAGAGUUUCAAGCCUCCUCCAGAGUUCUUUGGACCUUAUGUUUUUCAUGGUGACACAUAUGAACAGUUUUCUGAUGAACCUGCAAGCUCAAAAAAAUCAAGCAUUGCCAUAAUAGGAGCAGUAGCUGGUGCUUCAGUGCUUUUUCUGCUAUUGCUGCUUGCUGGGAUUUAUGGUUAUCGUCAGAGGAAGAGAGCAGAAAGAGCAACCAAAGGGAACAAUCCUUUUGCACACUGGGAUUCUAAGAAGAGCAGUGGUAACAUACCUCAGUUAAAAGGAGCAAGAUGCUUCUCUUUUGAAGAGCUUAAGAAAUACACAAACAAUUUUUCGGAAGCCAAUGAUAUUGGAUCGGGGGGUUAUGGAAAGGUUUAUAGAGGAACUCUACCCACCGGGGAACUUGUUGCCAUCAAACGAGCUCAGCAAGGAUCUAUGCAGGGAGGGCUCGAAUUCAAAACAGAGAUUGAGCUUUUAUCAAGAGUUCAUCAUAAAAAUGUUGUCAGUCUGUUGGGAUUUUGCUUUGAGCAAGGUGAACAAAUGCUAAUAUAUGAGUAUGUUCCUAAUGGCUCUCUUAGUGACAGUCUGUCAGGGAAGUCAGGAAUCAGAGUGGACUGGACCAGGCGACUUAAAAUAGCCCUUGGUGCAGCUAGAGGUCUGGCAUAUCUUCACGAGCUUGCAAAUCCUCCCAUCAUUCAUAGGGACAUCAAGUCGACCAACAUCUUAUUAGAUGAACGCUUAAAUGCUAAAGUUUCUGAUUUUGGUCUAUCCAAACCUAUGGGUGAUAGUGAAAAGGGUCAUGUUACUACUCAAGUGAAAGGUACAAUGGGUUAUUUGGAUCCUGAAUAUUAUAUGACCCAGCAGUUGACUGAGAAGAGUGAUGUUUAUAGCUUUGGAGUGCUGAUGUUGGAGAUAAUAACUGCAAGAAGACCAAUAGAGAGAGGGAAGUAUAUUGUAAGAGAGGUGAGAAUGUCAAUGGUCAAAACGAAAAGUUUGUAUAAUCUCCAAGAGAUUCUUGACCCGACCAUUGGUUUGAGUACAACGCCCAAAGGCUUGGAAAAGUUUGUGGACUUAGCAAUGAGUUGUGUAGCAGAAUCAGGGGCUGAUAGGCCUACAAUGGGUGAAGUGGUGAAAGAGAUUGAAAGCAUUAUGCAGCUGGCUGGCAUGAAUCCCAAUGCAGAAUCAGCCUCAACGUCAGCAACAUAUGAGGAUGCAACCAAGGGAGCUUCUCUCCAUCCAUACAGUGAUGAGUCUUUUGCUUAUAGUGGGGCCCUCCCAGCCUCCAAGAUAGAGCCCCAUUGACUGUGGGUUUCUUUUACUAUGUUUUAUCAGCAAUGGACUUAGUAACAGUGAGUAAGAGCUGCUUCUAUUUUUUUUACUGUUACUUCUUUAAUUAUGUGGGAUCUUUUUCUUGUUAUGAUUAAACUGUAAUUAGAAUGAAUACUUUAUAUGUAAAUAGGCAAUACAAUAUUUUAU